AUGGAUGACGCUACUCUUGUACGGAAUACGAAAAUCCGGUUGACGCGAUCAAAGACGUUGAAGGAUUGGGCAAUGAAAGCUGUCCUAAGUAACUUGGAUGCGUACACCAAACAAGAUGGAGGCAACGAACUUAAGACAAAAUUGUCACCAGUGAUGAGGGAAAUCGUGCUGCAGGAGCUGCAGGAGACAAUGCGUCCUAGAAAUACCUAUACCACCGAGGAGGUCAUCAGCUUGAAACGCUCGAAUUAUAUCGUUUUCGACGCCAGGAAGAUGUCCGAGGAGGAUAUCAGAAAAUCAUUUGGACACCUUACACUUCUUCAAGAUCUUUAUAUUACCUGGGAAACAAAGUACCAGAUUUGGAAAGUGCUGCCUAAUCUGGAAAUCUUGAAAGACGUCAAAAGUAUCGGCCUUAAGUUGGAAGAUUUUAUUGAAGACGAGAUAUUCCAAAUGAGAGAGAGAAAAUGUCUCGACUUCGGAGAUUACAUCCAAGAUUCAAAUGUCUGUCCAUUUUCCUCCAGCAUCAGGCACUUGGAGAUUACAUGUAAGGAGCCAACGUGGAGUAAUUUUGGGGAGAACCUGGAAAGAUCAACCACACUUGAGAGUCUGGACCUCUACAUAAAGACUCUCCUAGUGUCAGUUGAUGACAUUUUGCUCAAAUUUGGAGUGAACCUGCGAUGGCUUUCCAUUACAGGAUCUAUUUUUCCAAGUGUUCAGCUCAACAGUCUCUCUGAAUUAUGUCCCAAGCUGGAAAAGCUAGUAAUCGACGGCUGGGUAUACAGCCACAAGGAUCUUGAGCAAGUGAAGAAUUUGAUGAUCGAAAACAAGAUCCUUCUCUCCUUGAGAUCUCUCCAAUGGGAAAUAAGAGUAUCUUCAUCUGAACGCGCCUACAAGGAAAUUGCUACAAUUGUGAAGAAUGCAGCCGCAGUUCUACCAGAUUUUAGAACAUUGAAAUUUUCUUACGAUGCCCCAGUUCUGAGGGAUGUCGUGCUUCAGGAGCUGCAGCUGCUGAGGAGUAGCCCUGUUGAAACAAAUGCCAUGGACGUUUACGACAACAAGAAGCGCUCUUUGUGUGUUUUGAUGAACACCAUGACCAAAAUACUCGAUUUGGAUUACCUCAUGUCUUUUUAUCCAAGACAGUUAACUACCAAGGAUAAGUUCUACCAGGUUCUAGAGAUGGUUUCAAAUACUGCUCCAAACGUUCGGCACUUGAAAAUAAACAUGAAGGACCUGAACGAUUGUUUCAGCAGCGAUUCCACCCGAGACGCAUGCAUUCGUUUACUAAGUUCCCUGAAGGAUUUGAGAAUUUUGGAGAUUGUUGGACAUUCUGCUCUUCAAGUGGACAUUGCGCUCUUGUGCAGUCGACUGCCCCAGUUGCGUGUGCUCAGCACGAAAGUCGAUUUUAACAGAUGCAGGAUGUCCGACGAGAAAAUCAGAAACUCUUUUGGACACUUGACACUGUUUCAAUAUGGUUUCUUGCAGGAGGAAACAAAGCGUCAGUUUUUAAAGGUUCUGCCUAAUUUGGACAUUGUCCGGAACGUCAGAAGAAACGGAAUCGUUUUGGAAGAUUUUGUUGAAGACGAAAAUCCCCAAGCAAGACAGAGAAAAUAUCUCAAUUUCGAAGGUCACAUUUGGAAUUCAUAUGUCUGUGCGGAUGCAGAUUUCUCCAGCAUCAGACACUUGGAGCUUAUGUGUACCGAAGAAAAGAUGAACUUGUUUGAGAGGACCCUGCAGGGGCCAAUCACACUUGAGACCCUGAACCUCGAAUUAAUGCGAGUGCCAGCUGAUGACAUUUUGCUCAAACUUGGAGCGAACCUUCGAUGCCUUUCCAUUAAAGGAUCUGAUCUUCCAAGUGUUCAACUCAACCGUGUCUCUGAAUUAUGUCCAAAGUUGGAAGUUCUCCGCCUGUAUAGUGUAAAUGUCACAGGAAUUUCCCCCCAACCUGCCAAUUUUGACCACUUGGAAGAAUUAGUUUGGAAAGAAACAGAUUGUUGUAUUGACGAGUGCAUUACCACCGUUUUGGCUUCUGCUCAAAAUCUGCAGAAAUUGAAGAUCGACACCUGCAAAUACAAUCUCCUAGAUCUGCAACAGGUGAAAUAUUUGAUGAUCCAAAACAAGAUCCUUGGCUCCUUGAAGUCUCUCCAAUUGGAGAUAAGAGCAUCUUUAUCAGAACAAGUCUACAAGGGAAUAUCGGCAUUAGUGAAGAAUGCGGCCGCGGUUCUCCCAGAGCUUGAAAACUUAAAAUUGUCUUACGAGUAUUGCAUCUUCAGUUCCAAGCGCUUUGCGGAAUCAACGCCUUCAAGAUAUUUUGCGAAGUUUUUAGAAAACCGUGGCUUGUUUGAAGCCAUAAAAGAGGACACAAAUCUUUUCGAGAUAUUGAAAUCUUUUGAAUGA